ACUGAGUGUCAGUCUGAAGAGGAAGUUGUAGCAGUGCUGUGUGUUUCAGGCUGUGGUUAACGCAGCACUCUGCUCUUUUCAGAGCCAGAAAGUGCUGUGUUAGAUUCAGAGAAGGACGUUUUCGCUAGGUGUGGAUUGCUGUUUGUACUUCUGGAUCGGGCCUCAGAUUGCAAGCCAUGCUCUCAACUUCAAGCCCAGGUCUUGGCACCCAGCUCCUCCUCAUCCUUGUCCCCAACCUCCAUCCCAGAAGACGUCUUCUUUAGCAGUUCACCUGAGGACAAGAGACAUUUCUUGACUGAGAGCAACCAGUGCAGCAGUGAAGAGGACCUUUUAGACUUCUGCUCUUCUCUGAGAGAUUCAGAAUAUUUCAGGGACCUGCAACUUGGAUCCACUGAACCACUGGACUCACAACUUCCAGUUUUAACUGACCCGGUUUCUGCCCCUUUGGUGCCUCCUGCAUGCACCUCAGAAAGUGGAUCUAGGCCGAAUCCCACAGGGUUCAACACCCAUCAACUUUUCCAGACGGCCGACACUGUGAUUUCCACUGGAGGGGAAGCCAUGAAACGCUUGGCCUCUAUCAGAAACUCAGAACAGAAGGAGUUCCAGGAUUAUCCGGAAUCCGAUCAAGAUGAGGACUCGGACACAGAUAACUUUCCUAUAUUGGUUCGAUCCAUGUCCACGUCACGUAGACACAGCUGGGAAGUGCCAGUGUCGCCCUUUGACAUGGGAAGAAGAUUCAGUCUAGACACAAACGGCAUUGACAGUGAUGGGGAAAGAGAGGUAAACUGUUUGGACAAAAGUCCCCAUCUACCAUCUUCCUCCUUCUCCGAAAGCUCAGUGGAAGAAACCACCAGCGCUGUGGAAAGUGAAAUACCCCAAACACAAAAGCCAACCACAACAGCAACGACAAUAUACUCCAGAUCUGAGAUCCUUGCGACUGAUGAAAAAUCCCAAGCUGACAGAGUCUCCCGCAUACUGGAGACUUCUAAGCAGGCUGCCAGGGCGGCCGGAGAAGAAGAGCAGGGGUCAGAAGAGGGGCUGCAGUCAGAGGAAGGACGGAGUCAUGUGCUGAUGGUACAGAAUGUUCUGCAGGAGCUUAAGCAGUAUCACGGAGCUAAACACAGAACUUCAAGCACAGAAAAAAAGGAGGCGGCAGGGAAUUUCACAUGGUACGAGUUUCUUGCCAUUGAAAAUGAUGAAGAAGAGGAGGACAGACCAGAGCGUCCGGAAAAAGGCACCAAAGUCAAGCGGACUCUGAGCUCACUGAGGAACCGCGUGACCGGAUCCUUCAACAAAGACAAAGGUAAGACCCGAGACAAAGAGCAGCAGAAAGAGAAAAACAGAGAGAGAGAGAAAGAGAAAGAGUUGCACGAGCGUGAGAAAGUGCGGCGGCGCAGCGUGAGCGGCCACCAGCUCGUGCUCGGCUCGUUCUCCAACUGGGCGACAUGUUCACUGUGCAGCAAGACCCUUCAGAGGAAGCAUGGCCUGCAGUGUUUGAACUGCGCCGUCAACGUCCACAAGAGCUGCAAGAACCUGCUGCCCGAGUGUAGCAAUAAAAACAAGUCAAAAGACUCGCCGCAGAAGACAUCAAACUCUGCUUCUCAGUCACAUAGUCCAGCUCUGAGGGACCCCUGCUCUGCCCUGACUCCUGUCGAUGGCUCGUCCCGGACGUCUCGCUCUGCUCCAGGUAUGACCGUUCCACCCAAAGGACACAACGCCCAGCCUGCCUCCUCCAGCAACCCUACGCUCAGCCACAACAACAGCAGCAGCUCUAUCACCGGAGAGAUGGAUGAGGUUGACGCAUUCAGGAUGAAGCGCCCCACUGAUGACACCUUAUCUCUCGCCUCCACCAUGCCCGAGUCUCUCAUCAUUGAAGAUGCAUAUUACGCAACAGUACGAGGGGAACUGGAAGCCAUCGUGCAAGAUUUCGAAGUGGAGUCCUGGAGUCUGGCUGUGGAUCAGGAGUUCUUGAAGAAACAUUCGAAGGAAAUGAUCAAGAGACAGGAUGUUAUAUACGAGCUCAUCCAGACGGAGAUACACCACGUGCGGACGCUCAAGAUCAUGCUCUGUGUUUACGCUCGAGACCUGCGGGAGGCGCUACAGCUGGACGACAGGAAGCUGGAUUGUCUGUUUCCCCGGCUGGACAGCCUGCUGGAGCUGCACAGCCACUUCCUGUCCAGCCUCCGGGAGCGUCGCGCAGAAUCCCUGCAGCCGGGCAGUGAUCACAACUAUGCCAUCCAUAAACUCUCAGAUAUCCUUAUAUCCCAGUUUUCCGGAGAGCUUGGAGAGCGAAUGAAGGAAAGUUAUGGGGAUUUCUGCAGUCGGCACACUGAAGCGGUCAACUACUACAAAGAGCAGCUGCAGAGCAACAAGAAGUUCCAGAACCUCAUGAGAAAAAUGAGCAGUCUGCCAAUAGUGCGGCGGUUAGGCGUUCCAGAGUGUAUCUUACUGGUGACGCAGCGAAUCACAAAGUAUCCUGUUCUUGUGGAGCGCAUCCUGCACAACACAGAAGCCGGGACAGAGGAACAUGAAGGAUUGGCACAGGCUCUCAGUCUAAUCAAAGACGUCAUCGUUCAGGUGGAUGCACAGGUCAAUCUCUACGAGAAGGAAGCACGGCUCAGGGACAUCGCCUCCAAGGUGGAGUCCAAGUCCCUUGGGAAAAUCAAAGAUGGACGCGUUUUCCGGAAGGAGGACCUUUCUCAGGGGCGCCGCAAGCUCUUGUAUGAGGGCACGGUCAACUGGAAAUCUGCAUCUGGUCGACUAAAAGAUAUUCUCGCUCUCCUUCUUACUGAUGUUCUCGUCUUAUUGCAAGAAAAGGACCAGCGAUACGUGUUCUCCAAUGUGGACAACAAGCCAUCCGUUAUUUCACUGCAGAAGUUGAUCGUCCGUGAGGUGGCGCACGAGGAAAGGGCCAUGUUCCUCAUCUGUGCCUCCUCAAACGAACCGGAGAUGUAUGAAAUCCACACUGCCUCAAAAGAAGACCGCAUCACGUGGAUCACCCACAUCCGUCAGGCCGUGGAGAGCUGCCCACAUAUAGAAGAGAGAUUGUUUAGCGAGGAAGAGGAAGCCAGAGUCGCCCGCUUCCGAGAGUUUCAAGAUCGCCUGGCGUUGAAGGACGCUCAGAUUGUGCAGAGCCUGACGGAGAAGCUGCAGUUGUUUGCAGAGAUGUCUGAAUCUGUGGCCGGUUUAGAGGACGCCAGUUCUCGCCGUCUGCUGCUGCGGGGCGACUGCUCGGACCUCCAGCAGGGGGAGCAGCUGCUCAAAGGAGCCAUUACUGAAGUGGAGAACCUGCAGAACCUCCUUGCAUCUUUAGCUCGGGAUGUGUCUCCACAGAUGGAGGGGAACCAGAGUCUGUCCUUGAGUUUGCUCCCACGCAGAGCGGACACCUUCGGCGGAUAUGAUAGCACUCCUAGCAUACUGCCUAAGAACGGCAGUGUUAAGAAGAAGGUUGCUGGAGCGGCCGGCAGGUCCAGGGACAGGAGUCAACGUGCCAGCUCUGAUCCGCAGCUCAAAGAGGUGUACUCAUGUCAGGACCGGGACGAGCUGGACGAGGCCUCUUCACCUGGCUUGCACAAAAUGUGUUCCACCUGUCCAUUUCCAGAGUCAGAGUUCUAUGAGCGAGUGCUGCAGCUGUCCCAGAGGCUGUACAGUUUACAGGCCAUAAUCUCUCAGCAGGACAGCCACAUCGAGCUCCAGCGGGCCUCUCUCCUCACCGCCGAGCGGGAGCGUCCCGGCAGCCGGAACCGUGGCACAGACGUGCUUCUGGAGCAGGAGAAGCAGCGCAACCUGGAGAAGCACCGCGAGGAGCUUGCUGACUUCCAGCGGCUGCAGAGCCAGCAUCGGCAGCAGCAGGCCCGCUGGGAACGUGAGCGGGAGAAGCAGCGGAGGCUGGCGGAGGCGGCCGAGCAGCGGCUGAAGGAGCGAGAGGAGGAGUGUCAGCGACUGGAGCUGCGCUUGACCGAGGAGAGGCAGGAACUCGAAAGGCAAAGGCAGACGUACCAGCAAGACCUGGAGAGGCUGAGAGAGUCCACGCGUGUCGUUGAGAAAGAGAAAGAGCGAUUAGAGCAACAGAGGAAGUUGAAGAAGCACAACACGGUGCCAACAGCACUCAAUGCACAGGAAGCUGGACAGCUUUCCAGUUCCUCCAGCUUCAACGGUGAGCUGCUGCUCGGCGGAGCUCGGGACCAGAAGCUUCCUAAAAAAUCAAACCUGCGGGGAUCUCUCUCCGCAUCCCAGGCCGACUACCUGGAGCGUCCCGAAGUCCAGUCGCGCCGUGAGAGCUCCUGCAGCACCCUAACCGCCAAGACGGAGGUUCCCAUCCAUCUCAUCAGCACCACAAACCAGCUGCACAAGCAGGGCGGCGUCCAGCAGCAGAUACCGACCAAACUCGCCGCCCUCAGCAAAGGCAAGGAGAAGAGUGUGAAGGGCAAGAGUUCACACCGCACCGACAGUCGGGGUUCUGUUGACAUGAAGCAGAUGCUGCCCGUCAAGCUGUCAUCGAGGGAUUCGGACGGAGGUCACAAAGCACGCCGGUCCGUCAGCCCCUACCAACCUCAACAUUCGCACUCAGAUUCCCUCAGCCCUCCAGAUGUGCAUACGGACACCCAGUCUAGCCUCGAGCCCGCUGUCCUCAAAUCCCACGAGCAGACCUCCCAGCCCACCAUCCAGUACACUCUUACCGACGAAGCCACCAAGGAGGAAAUUAUCUUUUUCUGAGGCGUCCAAUGGGAUGCAAAGACAUUAGGCUAAUGUUUCAGACGAUGUUUUACUUAAGGAGCACAUUUUAAUCCUCCAAGUCUUAAAAACUAACAAUUUUAUUGAAGCCUGUAAAUUACGUCAAAGAAAAAUGUGCUUUAGUUAAUGUGAAAAAAGGCUCCGUGUUUGUCCAGAAAACCCAAAGACUUUGACGGACAGCUUCAGGUGAAGGACAUUUCUGUAGCACGAACGGGCGACAUGAAGGACGAAUGGAUGUUUUUAGGUUGCUUAUAGUUGUGGUAAGCAGUUUUGCACAGCGGUAAUGUCCCAUUUCAUUGAAAACUAUUUGGGACAACUGUUUUCUGUUGAAUUUGUUUCAUUUUUGGGUCACUCUGGAACAUUUUUGCUUAUGGAAAAUAGCAUACGUUGACAUUUAAAAAAAUGUAAGUCAGUUUUGACUGCACACUGUGUAAACUCUCAGCUUGGAUUAGUUGAUUUUACAAAAGCCAACUCAAUUUCAGUGGUCAUUUUAUUCAUGUGGCAUCUUUUUAGAGAUUACUACCAAAUGUUCACAAAAAAAUAAAAAUUAAGCAGUGGACAUGAAGACAAUCCAACAUUUUAUUAACUAUUCUUCUGUUAUUAAUUUAUAUGUUAGGAGAUCUUCCAAAUUGAGUAUUUUGAGAUUACUCAAAUAGAAAUCAGACGAAGGAUACAAAUGUCUUAAAUGAUAAAUGAACCAUGUUUUCAUCUUUCCAAAUGAUCAAAAAGUCAAUUUAAGACAUGACAUGGCUAAAAUACAAACGACUGAAUCUCAUGAAAACUAUUAAGGAAUGUCCAGGUCGUUAUUCACCCCGAAAAAUGUUUGCGUUAUGCUAUCAUGUUAAUGUCAUUUUCUCCUAACGUUUUCAAUGCCAUUCGGCAAAGAUUUUUAUUAUUUAAAUUGUUUUAAAUGGUAGUGUUUUUGCUUUAUUGUUGGUGUUUUAGUGUUUUAAAUUAAUUUUUGAUAAAAUUAACAAACAAUUGCGGUGUCUGAUCAGUGUUUUACUGUAUUACAGUACUUAAAAUGGUUGGGGUUUUUUUGCAUUAAGAUAUUGAGAACUUUUAGGAGAAAAAAAUAAAAUAUGACAUUAAUGUACACCGUUCCAUUUAAGAUUAGUGCCAACUAUGUUUAAAUAUUGUGGUAGAUAUAUACAGUCAGUUUUUAUUUCUAAAAUUGAUUUAAAAUCUUAAAUUGGUUUCCUUACCAUCCACAUUCGAGAAGGAAAGCGUCGUCUUAAUCAGGUUUCCUUUAAACACAUUUCACGUUUUUGCAUUUCCUACUUUCUUAUGACCCACAUUCAUUUCAUUCCAUGUCUAAAUUAAGUCUCUAAAGUUAUCAAGCAUUUCCUCUGUCCUCAAGCUGACCACACAAACGGCAUGUGUGACGUAAUACUGUGGAUUUCAGAGUAAUGCUGCCAAAAACUAGGAUUUAAACCACUCUGAAAAUAACGUGUAUCUCUGAUGUCCGUUUCCUGCGACCAUGUGACUUAUAUGUAUAUUUUGUACAUAGUUUCCUUUUAACAUAAACGAGAUGUUGAUAUUAUGCAAGAAUUUCAUGUGACCACUGAAAUUACAGCUGGAUCGUUUGGGUAUAAUUUGUUUGUUUUAAUUUGUAGGCACUUUUUUUUUUUUUUUUUUUUUUAUUAAUCUGUCAUUUAGUGAUUUUCAGUUCGAUAACUACCCAUAAUGCAUUGCUUUUGGAUAACCUUCGGAUUCACCUAUUCCACUUGAUGGAAGAAGUAUUUUUGAUGCUAAGUUUAUAAAAAUGGCUUGAUUUGAUAUUAGUCCGAAGCUUUUCCGUGGUGCAAGUGAAAGGAUAUUUUCACACUGUAGCAGAUCGGUUUUGACUCUCAAUGAUGUGUAAAUAGUACGUCACAUGAUGUCGAUGACCUAAUAAUGAAGUUAGUGACUAAAUGCUGUUUGUCUCACUCCUUUAGCUGCAGCGCACUUUAUCGCAGAAUGAAUUGUUUUCUUUGAUUUGUUCCACUGUGAGUUAAAAAACAACAUCAUCAUGUUGCUUAAAAUUGUCUCUUGAUUCGGCCGGCAUUCAUCGUGACUGUAGCUACUUGGUGUCUGUGAUUGUACGAGAUAAUUCUACGAUGUUAUUGCUAUGUGAAGACGGUUUAUUGUCAAAUAUUGUUGUCAAAUUGUGUUUAAAAACUAUCAUUUUUCUGUUUCCAGUUACACUAGCCACUUUUCAAUACCAGCAAACUUUAAGGGGGACCUCAAGUGUUAAUAUUUCUGAUGUUUUGUGUCUUAAGUUUUUAUCACGCAAGGCCAGUUUUUUUUUUCUACCACAGCAUUGUACUCACUCUACCGGAGAAAAAUAGAAAAACUUGUGAACACUUAAAACUGCUGCCUUUAGAGACAUUUUAGUAAUAAAAUAUGUGGGGAAUAAA